CAAACUAACUGUACUUCCCUUUCACAAAACACCAUUUAAUUUUUAAUUCCCAAAUUUCCACAAAAUAAAAUCCCAAAAUUUCUAGGGUUAGGGUUUCUAAUAUCAUCAUCUCUUCACAUUCAUUCAAUCAUGGACCGGAGAGAUCGUUACGCUAACAACGCUAACGAUUACAGAAGCCCUAGAGGCGGUGGUCCGGCGCCAUCACGUGACGACGGUCCAAACAAUCGUCACCGCGGUGGUUUCUCCGGAAAUCGCCGUCCUUUCGACGGUAGUCCGCCGCGUUAUUCUUUCAAUAGCGGAGGUGGCGGUGGAGGUUUUGGUGACGGCGAUUUUCGGCCUGCAGGUCCACGUGGCGGUGGAAGGAAUUAUAAUAAUAAUAACAAUACUUCGGAAUUUGAAGUGCCUCUGUCAGGUCAGAAAAGAUUUAAUCCUGAAUAUGAAGUUCCUUUGCAAGGGCAAAAGCGUCAAUUUCCUUUUUCCGGUCAACGAGGUUCUCCCCCAGGUCGUUUUAAUGCAGGAAAUUUUGAGAAAAGGAACUUUGAUGGAGAAAAUAAUUUUGAUAGAAGACAUUUUGAUGGAGGCAAUUUUGACAAAAAGCAACCCGAUGGAGGAAAUUUUGCCAAACUUUUUGUUGGUUCUGUGCCAAAGUCAGCCACGGAAGAUGAUAUUCGGCCGCCUUUUGAAGAGCAUGGUAAUGUUAUUGAGGUUGCUUUGAUAAAGGACAAAAGAUCAGGGCAGCAACAAGGAAACACGCUGUUCGCUUCUGCAGGAUGCUGUUUUAUCAAAUAUGCUACAUCAGAAGAGGCUGAUAGGGCAAUACGUGCCCUGCAUAAUCAAUAUACUUUGCCAGGGGGUACCAGUCCCAUCCAGGUGAGGUAUGCAGACGGGGAGCGUGAACGCUUAGAUGCAGCGGAAUUUAAGUUGUUUGUUGGCUCGAUAAAUAAACAAGCAACUGAAAAAGAAGUUGAAGAAAUCUUCUUGCCUUAUGGUCGGGUUGAGGAUGUGUAUCUCAUGCGGGAUGAAAUGAAGCAAAGUCGUGGAUGUGGAUUUGUUAAGUAUUCUAAUAGAGAUGUGGCAAUGGCAGCUAUUAAUGCUCUUAAUGGAAUAUACACAAUGAGAGGUUGUGAACAGCCAUUGAUUGUUAGAUUUGCUGACCCCAAGAGACCCAGGCCAGGAGAAACAAGGGGAGCUCCUGCUUUUGGUGGACCAGGGGUUGGCCCUCGGCUACAGUCCCCAGGGAUAAGACCACCGAAUCUUGGUGAGGCAAUGCAUGCGUCUGUUCCUAAUAAUGCAUGGCAUCAAAUGAGUCAGCAUGGCAUGGUACCAUCAUCUGAUGUAGGGAUGCAUGGUUUCAGUGGUCAAAUGGCUCCUAAAUCUGUGGAAGGGAAACCGGCUUCAGCUCCAAGUUUUAAUCCAUCCAGUGGGCCAACUUCAUCGCCCUUAAAGAAGCCAAAUCAGUCACCACAGCGCUUUCAUACAUCAAUGCCGUCACAAACUUUCUCACAGGCCCCAACCUCUAGUACUGUAAGACCACCUGGGCAAGGUCAACUACAGACACCCAACUCUGCUGGUCAAAAUUCCUUUAGUCAAGGGUUUCCUUCACAGCCCAUGCUUGGUUUCAAUGGGAUGCUACCCGUCCAACAGGCCCAGCCCCAGGCCCAAGCUAGCAUACCGUCAACAACGCAGGCUCUUUCUAACAGUUUACCUCCCCAUGUUCUGACUGCAAUGAUGAAUCAGUAUCAGAUGCCAGGGCAACAGCAAAUGGUUCAGCCAGUGCACCAAUCAGCUUCUCCAAUGGCUCAAAUGUUGUCUCAGCAAAAACAGGUUUUGCAGGCGAGCUAUCAAUCGUCUCAGCAAACAUUUACCCAACUGCAACAGCAAAUGCAGCUUAUGCAGCCGUCAAAUCCCAAUCUGACACCUCAGCAGAACCUCCAAGGUCCUAGAUUGCAGCAGUCUACAUGGCCCGGUAAUAUCCCACAAACAUCAGCAGCCUCUGGUGGUCCAACUGUAAAACCUGUGGUGGAUUCACUUCCGGCUGCUUCAGUUGCUCCGGUUGUACCGCCUGCUGUAGGUUCUUCGAAGUGUAACUGGACGGAACAUACGUCGCCCGAUGGAUAUAAGUACUACUACAACAGCACCACUGGUGAAAGCAAAUGGGAGAAGCCAGAGGAGCUGGCUUUGUUCGAACAACAACAAAAGCCGCAAGACCAGCAACAACAAAAGCAACAUCUGCAAGCUGCUUCAAUACAGCAACCCCAAAGUCAAUCUAACAUUCAGAGUUUGCCAAGUCAGCAAACUCAGAUUCCUCAGUACCAGCUUCAAACACAGAUGCAAGCACAGGGAAGGCAUCCUCAACAUUUGCAGCAUGCCACACAGUCAUCAGCGUAUCAAAAUACUGGUGUAGCCGGCCAUCAGAAUGUGCAGGGUUAUGGCUAUCCACAAUUGCCAGUGGCUGGUGGUUCCAUGAAUUCUGGUAGUUCAAUGAAUGAUCCUCGCUUUCAGCAGGGAAUGCAGGGUGCCCAGGACUGGAUGUGGAAGAAUAAAACAGGGUCGUAAUAGAUAGUGUUUUGUCAUUAAUCUUGUAUCAUAAAUGUUAGGCCUGUUUUAUUAGAAAGUGAUUCUUGAUAGAUGCGUAGAAUUUGAUAUAUGGGUUAUAAACCAAAUUAUGGUCUUGUAAGGUUUCUACCAUCCAUUUUUUUUUCCUUUUUUUUUCAAUUUGAAUUUUGACCGUGUUUACCUA